GUGUGAAAAAAAAUCUUUACUUUGGGUACCAUGGUAACAUUUAUUCUUGAAAAGUUGGAAUUAAUCGGUAUUCCACACUAUGCUUUCUGUAGAACUGAAGAUGUCUAGCUUUAUUGUACAUGUAAGUCUGUAAGCCUGAUUAAUUAUGGACGAAGAAGUGAGGAUAACAUUGGCGGACAACGAGAUCAACGCAGCAGACGAAUCCCAGGACGACGCCGGACAGCAGGCGACGGGAGGAGUGGCGGGAAACGGGACUCAGAAAAUAGAACCAGACGUCUUCAUCCUGAUGGGGAAGGACGUGAGAGAUGAUCUGGUCGAUAACGACGAGAGGAGCGACUACGAGGAAGAUGAUGACGAGGAAAGUGACGAUGAGCCGCUGCGAGAUAAAUUUAUUUUGGAGGAGCACCAGGACCCCGCCUCUAACUUCCCAAACACAAGGGCUGGGAAAGCUCGUUAUAUGGUGGGUAGAGUUAUGGAGCACAUAGCCUUCCACCUGUUGACGAUUCUGCUGAUUCUGUUGGACGUCUCUAUAGUGAUCACGGACUUAGCGGCGGGGGAGGCGGCUCACCAUCACGAGGAGUUAGAAAUCUGUAGCAGGAUCAUCAUCAUCUACUUCACCAUAGAAGUCAUGUUCAGGAUCUUUUAUAAAGGGGAUGACUUUUUCCGUCAUUGGGCUGAUAUAUUAGAUAUGAUUGUUGUGUUUGGAACCUUUAUUAUAGACUUCACUCUAAGUGGCUACGCACGAUUAAGUAUCAUUGGACGAACGGUGCGGAUUAUCCGGGGAUUGAGAGGUGUGUACAUUAUGUACUCGGAGUACCGCAUGUUUAAGAAAGCCACAAGGAGGGUCGUGUCCCAGAACAAGAGAAGGUAUAGGAAAGAAGGCUUUGAUCUGGACCUCUGUUAUGUUACAGAGCGAGUGAUUGCCAUGUCCUUCCCCUCCUCAGGCGUACGGUCUCUGUACAGGAACCCUAUCAGAAAGGUUGGGAAAUUUUUGGAUAAGAAGCACUCCAACCACUAUAAAGUCUAUGACUUGUGCAGUGAACUGACAUACAAUAGAGAUGUUUUCCACAACAGAGUCGAAAAAGUUAGAGUAGACGACCAUAAUGUUCCGAGACUCAAGGAUAUGAUCAACUUCUGUGAAGAUGUUAAGGACUGGUUAAAAGCAGACGAGAGGAACAUUAUAGCUGUCCAUUGUAAAGGUGGAAAAGGGCGAACGGGAACCAUGAUAUGUACCUGGCUGAUCCAUACUGAAUUAUUUGAACAAGCUCAGGAGAGCUUGAACUACUUUGGAGAGCGACGAACAGACAGACGGGAAGGAAAAAUGUUCCAGGGGGUAGAAACACCUAGCCAGAGCCGUUACGUCGAGUAUUAUGAGAAAGUAAAAUGGGAUCUUGGUGGAGAGUUACCUCCCAUUAGAAGAAUCCGAAUCUCUUCCAUACACAUUACUUCCAUCAAAGGCGUGGGUAAGGGUAACGGGUCAGACCUCGGUCUCCAAAUCUGGCUGGGGGACAAAAAGUGUGGGGAGUGGAAAUUCAGCAAUCCAGAGCACGUCAAGUUAGAAUACUCAAAAGAAGAGGAUUACAUUGACAUUACAUUAUUACAUUGCCCUCCUCUCUCGGAAGACGUCAAAUGCCGUUUUAUAUCUACAUCUAGAAACAUUCCAAAAGUUUACGAUAACUGCGCAUUUUAUUUCUGGUUCCAUACUGCCUUUAUUGAGAAAAAUAGAUUAUACAUACCCCGGGAUGAGAUAGACAAUCCACAUAAAAAACGAGCACAGAAAGCUUUCAGGGAAUCCUUCAGCGUCACAGUCAACUUCAAAGGGAGAUAACGUCUACCAUGUCAAGGGAGGCCACUGUCUACUUACCUCUUCUUGAUCUCAUUUUAUGACAAGUACACUCAGAUUUUUAUCGUGUUUAAGAUUCCCUGUGAAUUUUACUUCUCCAUGCUCUUUGUUAAACUGGCAGCUAGAUAUUUCACUUUUAUAGUAUGCAUAUUUUUAAAAUACAGAAAUUACAUUUUACAAUUGACCUAUUGACUAUCAGGAUGACUUGCAUAAAAAUUAAAAAUGUUGAGAGAGAGAGAGAGAGAGAGAGAGUUAAAUGUACUAGUUACUGUAGUAGUAAUGUAAAAUAGAUAUGUGAUUUUUAAAAUUGAUAUGUGAAAUAAAAUUCAGGGCAUUGUUUGUAGAUUUGUAAUUAGAAUAUACCUAAACAUUGAUAAUUUAGUAUAAUAUUA